CUCCUCUUUCGAUACUUGCCAUAUGUGUGAAACAUCAGAUAACUGUCCUGGUGAAAAUGCUUCAGUGAGAGUUAAGAUAAUUUGUUUGGGAGACAGUGCUGUAGGAAAGUCAAAGUUGUUUGAAAGAUUUCUGAUGGAUAACUAUCAGCAACACCAGCUAUCAACCUAUGCUUUAAAUCUCUACAGAUAUUACACAGAAAUUGAAGGCAAGAAAAUUUCAGUCGAUUUCUGGGAUACUGCUGGUCAAGAACGCUUUAAAAGUAUGCAUGCAUCCUACUAUCAUCAAGCACAUGCAUGUAUCUUUGUAUUUGAUAUCACUCGGAAGAUCACCUACAGGAAUCUUGAUAAAUGGCUACAAGAUUUACGUGAAAAUCGACCAGAUAUCCCCUGUAUAUGUGUUGCUAAUAAGAUAGACGUUGAAGUAGACGUGACAAAGAAGACAUUCAAAUUUCCAAAGAAAAACAAAAUGGCAUUUUAUUUUGUUUCUGCUUCAGACGGUACGAAUGUUGUAAAAGCAUUUCGAGAUGCUAUACGGGCUGCAGUUGCAUAUAAAGAAACUUCAACAGAUAUUAUGGAUCAAAUUAUGAAUGAGUUAGAGAAGACAGAAGAAGGAGCAUCUGAAGCAUCCGAAGAUAUUUCACUAGAUCAAGAUUGAGCACAAAACCUCCCCACUCAUUUCCCCUGUUGAAGAGCAACUCUUAUAAUAUCAAUAAUAAUAAUAAUAGUCUUCCUAUCAACUAACUGCAUUAUCAUUAUUAUUAAUCUACAAUCUAAAAUGUACAGAAUACAUUUAUCUCAGUUGAUUGACGUCUUUACAAUAGAUUCAAACUUGACUAAUACACGAUAUGACCUCGAUGCCUUGCUUUCAUC